AUGAGGACCAAGAUCUUCGCCCUUCCGCUUCUCGCUCUUGGCGGCGGAGUACUGGCUUCACGAUGUGUGCCGCGCUCGUCGUCUUCUCUGACCGUCAGCACGACGCCUACUUUGUCCACGGUUUCUACCGAGAGCACGCCGGUGCUGACGCCUACCACAUCCACUGCUACUCCGUCGAUAUCCUCAACUGAGAGUAGUAGCGAAUCGACCACUCCCUCGGUCAGCCUGUCAAUACCUUCUACUGUCUCAACACCUUCCAUUGAGCCGACACCUUCCACUACGUCGACACCUUCUGCUGAGCCAACACCUUCCACCGAGAGCACCACUCUCUUCACAUCUGCGUCCACCACCUCCUCGACCGCGCUCUUCCGGCCCAACAUCAAUCGGGGCCAGAUCAGCAUCGCGAGGGACCCGGUCUACGAGGGCUCGCAGUCGGGCAACUUCCAGUACGCCGCCGCACUCAACAGCGGCAGCGCCAUCUGGGGCAUCUACCAGUCCGUCGACGGCUCCCGCGUCGUCGCCGACGAUCCCUACCAGAUCACCCUCCGCAUUCGCGUGGCUCCUGGCACCUGCUCCAACGUCUUCGUCGGCGGCACGGCAGGCGACAACGCCCGCCUCACUAUCGGGCAGGUUACGGUAGAUGUGGCCGCUGCCUCCGUCGGCUGGAUCCAAGUUACUACAGUGGUCCGGUACCCCGAGUCGGUGCUUAGCUUGGGGCCCGGUAUCGCUGUCAUGGCUAUGUGCCGCGAUGCAGUUUCCCUUUGGGUUGAUAAUGUUACGUUCAGAAAGGCUGUAUAG